GAAAACUCGCGAGAAGAAGCAUGGCCGAUAGUUUCCAAAAUAUAUUUGAUUUACAAUAAAUUGGGUCUUAUAACAUCAAAUUCAACUGCUUAGUUACAUGCUGAUAUGGACUUGGGAAAUUUAAACUUCGAGGGAUUUGAUGAUGAUGUCUCAAAGGAAAGCGAUGACCUGACAGUUGAUUCUACAUUAUCAACUUCUGGGGGUACAAACUUUACAUCAAGUAUCAGUAACACCAGGUCAUCUCUCAGUCAGCCUGAAAUAAUCACUGAUAUAUCACAGGUGCAACUAUUAGAACAGGAAUCUCAGCCACCACAGGAAGUUACAAUGCAAGUCAUUGAGCCCACAGGAGAGAAAAGGCGUGGGGGAUGGCCGAAGGGGAAGAAACGGAAACACAAGGACAGUAAUGCCCCCAAACAGCCUCUAACAGGCUAUGUAAGAUUCCUUAAUGACCGCAGAGAAAAAUUGCGCAGUGAAAAUCCUACUAUUGGUUUUGUCGAGCUAACAAGAAUUCUAGCUGCUGAAUGGAGUGAUUUAGCCACAGAUGUAAAGCAGGGGUACCUGGAUGAGGCAGAGAAAGACAAGGAGCGCUAUUUACAGGAGCUUGAGGCUUAUCAUCGCACAGAUGCUUACAAACUCUUCAAGAAGAAACAAAACAUGGAGAAAAAUCAACAAAAAGUUAUGAAAGAACACAGCCCUAAUGAUCUAGAAGCUACCACCAAUGAAGAUGUGAAUCUCACUGAAGUUAUGGGCUUUGACAUUCCAAUCUUUACUGAGGAAUUUCUGGAGCACAACAGAAGUCGAGAAACAGAACUCAGAGUUCUACGAAAAGAGAAUACAGAAUACGAGGAACAGAAUGCCAUCUUAAGUAAACACAUAGAGAACCUGGAGCGAGCGUGCGAUAAACUUGAAGUGGAAUCAGCGCAACAGCGGAACAACAAUCUCCUACUACAGCAACAUUUAGAAUCUUUACGAAACACUCUGAGCACGAAUUUUGCCUCAGUGGCUUUACCUGGUACCAAUGAGACCCCACUCCCCAGUACAAUAGACAGCUACAUGGCACACUUACAUUCUAUCAUACUAGACUCACCACAGGAAAAUGAAGGCCUCAUUGCUAAUGUACGAGAGAUUGUUGGAAGACUGAACUUCGAAGGUGACAAGUUAUGAGGGCUUUUGGAGAGGAAGAGGAAUAAAAAGACACUCAAUUUCUGUAAUUGAUGAUAUAUGCCUCAAAUACAAUGGUGCUAACAUAGACAGUUGUCCUCAUGCAUUAUUUCGUUCCUCAAAUCUGAUUUCUCAGAAGUACACAGAACGAUGCUUGUCAAUGUCAUCUUCACAUGGUCAGCGUUUCAAGUUGCAUUGACAAAAAAUCAUUCAGAUCAACAGUAAUUUGGCACAUCAGUUGUCAAAGUGAAUCUGUUGUUUAUUGUAAUAGCAAGAAAUAAAAAUAAUUAGAUUCAGCCAGUUUUUGGCUCGUAUUGUGAAUCAUCUUCUCAUUUCUCUGUCUACAAAACUGGUAAUCUACAUCAUUGCCCGCAUCAUUGGUCUCAGGUUCUACUUUUGACUCAUUUUGGAGAAAUUGCCCUUUUCUUAAAAAUUUUAAAACUAGGAAUCAGUGUGUGAGCCAUUUUGGCACUUUUUUGAGAAAAGAGUGAAUUAAUCAGAGUUUCAAAAGAAGUUUGAAAUGUUGUUAUUUUCAAAUAAAGAUUUCAUAAUAAGCAGUUAUGAAUAUUGCAUGGUUAUAAAGUUAAAGUUACAUGUACAUUUUUAUCAAUCUUUCAUGUUUUCUUUUGAAUAUGAAAUAAAGCAAUGUCAAAGAGAUCAUCAGCAGUGUUUGUUUUAUCACACUUUAAAAUUGCAAUCCUAGGCCCUAUCCACCUCUGUAGGGGUCAACAAUUGAACACUGUAAUUAUCCAACCAAACGAAAUAUCAGCAAUGCUGAAAGCAGACUGAGACAGAAUGACAUCGUAGGAACUGUUGCAGAGGGGCGGAAAGGGCUCAGGAGUUACGGCAGG